GCCUCCAGGUUCUGAGAAGAUGGCGAAGGUCUCAGAGCUUUACGAUGUCACUUGGGAAGAAAUGCGAGAUAAAAUGAGAAAAUGGAGAGAAGAAAACUCACGAAACAGUGAGCAAAUUGUGGAAGUUGGAGAGGAAUUAAUUAAUGAAUAUGCUUCUAAGCUUGGAGAUGAUAUUUGGAUCAUAUAUGAGCAAGUGAUGAUUGCAGCCCUAGACUAUGGUCGAGAUGACUUGGCAUUGUUUUGUCUGCAGGAGUUGAGAAGACAGUUCCCUGGCAGUCACAGAGUCAAGAGACUAACUGGCAUGAGAUUUGAAGCCAUGGAAAGAUAUGAUGAUGCUAUACAACUAUAUGAUAGAAUUUUACAAGAAGAUCCAACUAACACUGCUGCAAGAAAGCGUAAGAUUGCCAUUCGAAAAGCCCAGGGGAAAAAUGUGGAGGCCAUUCGGGAACUGAAUGAGUAUCUGGAACAAUUUGUUGGGGACCAAGAAGCUUGGCAUGAACUUGCAGAACUUUAUAUCAAUGAACAUGACUAUGCUAAAGCAGCCUUUUGUUUAGAGGAGCUAAUGAUGACUAAUCCACACAACCACUUAUACUGUCAGCAGUAUGCUGAAGUUAAAUAUACCCAGGGUGGACUUGAAAACCUCGAACUUUCAAGAAAGUAUUUUGCUCAGGCACUGAAACUGAACAACAGAAAUAUGAGAGCUUUGUUUGGGCUUUACAUGUCGGCAAGUCAUAUUGCUUCUAAUCCAAAAGCAAGUGCAAAAACAAAAAAGGACAACAUGAAAUAUGCUAGUUGGGCAGCUAGUCAAAUAAACAGAGCUUAUCAGUUUGCAGGUCGAAGUAAGAAGGAAACCAAAUACUCUCUUAAGGCAGUCGAAGACAUGUUGGAAACACUGCAGAUCACCCAGUCUUAAGGUUUCAAACUCUUUCACAUUACAUUUCACAACUGCACAAUUGAACUUACUGGCCUGUGACUACUAAAUGCCUAGUGCUAUUUAUAUUCUAAUUUUUUGUUAAGAGGGCAAUUGUAAAGAAUGUUUAUAUAGACCUAAAAAUGCCUUUUAUUGCUAAGCAGGAAGAUGGAGAAAGUCCACGGAAGAGAGAUUUAACAAGAUUCAUAUUGAUGGUACAUCAUUCUCUUCAUAUCACACAUAUAUAACUUCUUUUAAACCACAACCUGAUGUAGAAAUCCCAUAAAUAAAUCAUGUGAUUUAUUAAACUUGCAUCUGAAGAUUCUAGAUUCUUUUUGUUACACUCAAAUAGUGAAUAUGUUAUUUCGGAAUUCAGUUUCUAGUUAACCCUUUUUUUUGUGAUAAGAAAUGCAUAGCAUGCAUUGCUGACAAGCAAAAUGUUGGCAAAUUAUUUUGAUUCUCUUUAUAGUGUCAAGUUGGAUUUUGCUGUGCAUUCCUGUAGGCUAUUGUUUUAUGUGCUAUAAUGUUAUUCUCAUAAAUCUUGCUUAAUAAUGUUCAGUAGUAUCUCUGUAAAAUUUUUGUUUUGCCAUAGGACAUAAUUGAGAUUUUUACCAAUAAAAAGCUUUAAGGUUCAUGUAUGCUGUAAUGCUAUAAUGCUAUAACCUUUAUGAAAGUUAAAUUUAUUGAACUUUUAAGUAUUUUGCAUAAAAUAAUGUUAAGAAAACAGACAGUAGUGAUGAAAGAGGUUUCAGUAGCUACGUUAUUUUUCUUAGGGAAAAUAAAAUCUAAACUAUGUUUAAGAGCAAAAUUUUUACAAUUCUCAUAUUUAAUUACCUCCUUGGUAAUAAUAAGAGCUUCUUUUUCCUUUUUCUCUUUUCAUGAUAAACAACUGUUAUACUACCUUCAACAGUAUUUUGCAUGUUUCAUUGGAAUAGAAAGAACUUUGAGACACUUUGAGAACUUUAUUCAGACACAAAUCAGUCAUUCAGGGCAUGUAUUGUUAGUAGUAGUUUGUAAUUUACAUAUACAAAUUACACAUUCUAUGUAUCACAUACAGGUAUAAUUACUUAAUAGAAAUAGUUUACAAUAGUAUACAGAAACUCCUGCAUACUUGUCAUUGCUGGAUUUAGGCAAAUACGGUUCAUGGAGGACUUGACAACCUGGAAGUCUUUAGGAAGAAAACUAUUGUCAGUAUCAGUUUUUUAAUCUUUUGAAUAAUUCUGUUAGUAUAUUAUUCUCCAUAUCUGGUCUCAUUCUUUUAUUUUGCAGUCUUUUUCAUUUUAUUCUGCCAUGAGAAAUGAGUAGAUGUGAAAUAACUCUCCCCAUAGAAAGCUAAUUCUUACCAACAAGUCUCUGUUAUCACAGGAUGCACUCUUUUUUGCCAGUGAAUUUAGUAACUGCAUUUUCAACAUAAUCAGCCAUCUCAGAUUUGUUUUCUAUAAAGGCUCAUAUAUUAUUCCACUACUUUCUUAUCUUAGUCUCCUAUCCGUCACUAGGGUAGUGUUUACUUUAGCAAUUAUAUUUGUGUAAGGUAGUGCCUUGUAUAACUGUCAGCCUAAGUUUCACUUUAUUUUUCUAAUUUUAAUACCUGCUUGCUAAGAAUUUUUUAUGAAGUACAUUGUUAGUGUGUAAUUUAUAAACUUCAAUUUAAGUGUACUGAUCAUCCUAUUGUGGCAGACAUUUGCCAACUGUUUUUACCGCCACUUUUUGCUUGUUAGGGGUAUCUUAUAUUGUUCAGGUAGGAGCAGAAAUCCCUGCUCUUCAAGGAGAUAAGGACCUUACCUUACCUCAGCCCUAGGAUAUGUAUCAUGAUUGAUCUAAAACAGAGGUGGUUUCAUUUCUUAUGGUCUGUGAGAUGCCAAAGCAGAACUUUUUUCAGUUUAGGAAAUAUUCUGUAUUUGUGCUGUCCAAUAUGGUAGCCACUAACUGUAGCUUUUGAGCACUUGAAAUAUGGCCAGUAGAACUGAGAAAUUGAAUUUUUAAUUUAAUUUAAUUUUAAUUUUAAUAGCUGCACGUGAUUCAGGGCCACCAAUAGUGGGUAGUGUCCAAAUAUCUAAAGUAUGGGCAUACGACUUAUUUAAGGCUAAUAAAAUGAACAGAAGCCUAUUGGGAAGGGUCUUCCUUUCAAAUUAAAAAGUCAGAGCUUUGUGAAGUGAGGCUUUUUGCCUCUUUCUCCUCCUUCAGGCCAUGAGUGUCAACAACAUACUUAGAGAUACAACACCCAUCUUACAACUAUGAAACAAUAAAUAGGAGAAUAAAAGCUACUUUUCAGAGAUGGCUUUAUAGAAAGAUUAGAGAGAGCCGGUGUUCCUGAUGGCAUGUUGAACACCUGAACCAACAUGAGCACUUGCCAAUCUCUGCACUUAUUACAUGAGAAAAAUAAACUCUUGAUUAAGACAUUGUUUGGAUUUUCUGUUACUUUUGCCAUGUAUAUUUCUGACUAAUAUAUCCAUCAGCUUUUUUUUUUUUUUUAGUAUGUAAAACUCUUUAAAAUUUUGGACAUGCUGGGAAUGGAGUUUCAAAAUGUAAUGAUUUAAAGUUAAGUA